AUGGCUCUAUCCUUGACAUACCUUGCCUUUGGGCUGGCUUCGCUGGCCACAACGUCCUUGGCCACUUCGGGCGCUGCUCUGUUGGAGCACGCUCUUGCCCCUCUUGGAGGAAGGGAUGCCUUGUCCUCGUUACAGGGGGUGUCUUUGGUUGCAAACAUCUAUCGAUCUUAUACGCUCAUGCAGAGCGCCAUUUCUAGCUAUACUGACACUGCGAUUGCUACUGCGGGCAACGCAAGUAUCUCUUAUGAUCUCAGUGGAGAUAUCAUGGAUAUUAGACGACCUAUCGCCGCUCGAUGUGUCUUUCGUCACUCGAAACAACUUCUCAUGCUAUCCGCUUAUACCCGUCUUCUCAACCGAGACGCGAUACGCCUGUCGCCGAAACUUCUGCUUAUGAUGGAAGCCAAUGCCGAAUCGCUCACCGCUGCUGAUAUCGAAGUAGGAGGUACCAUGUACCCUUCCAUCACUGAGGAGAUCUCGAGUUUGACCGUCAUCCUCGAUCCCGCAACUAUGCUGCCUCCCAUCAUCCCUUCGAGUCUGGCGGGUUGCAAUAUGCUGCAGCCGGGAAGCGUGGGCAAGUCCACUAAUCCUCGAUUCUACCCCAGGAACCUAGUCAUUCGCUCAGAAACUCAUGCACCCACUGUAGCUCCACGAACCAUGUGCAGUGCCAAGACGGCAGCAGCAGGUGAAUGA